AUGGUUGACUACGACUGCCGCUCACCAUCAAUAGAUAGCUCUUAUUCCACCAUCUCUUCAGACUCCAUGGUUGAAAUCAAACGCGUAGACAUCCCUGCUUCGGGCUCGGCGCCCAAGAAAGCACAAGAAGACGACAAGUAUCGUCUAAUAUAUAGCAAGUCAAAGGUCUAUGUGAACCCGACUGCGUAUGCUCGAGACAACAUUCCAGGCUUUGUCGCCCUUGUGAAGCGAGAGGCUGUCAAUCCUAUUUAUCUCCUUGGUUGGAUUCCUGAGACCCUUCUUAGUGAGAGGGGGCCCUCAGAGUGGGAUAAGUUUGUGAAGGUUGAGGAACAAGCUGCUACAUCGGAAGCAGAUGACGAUGACAUCGUCCUUAUCGACCUCCCGACGCAACGUCCGGAAUCAUACGCAUUCUCUGUGCCUAUAACAUCGAUCUAUUCCCUCAUUGUCCAGCCGCCGACGCUCUCGUCUUGGUAUGGAUCUAUUGGGAUCAAUCUGAUAAACGGCGACACUCUGCCGACUCUCCACUUCCACGACGAUGAGUCGAGUUCAUUUACCCUCCAGAGCCCGAGGUCUUCCUCAAGCAAUGGUUCUAACGUCACCGCCUAUCCUCCACCUCCGAGUGAAGGCUCUUCACACAUUCCAAAACCGAUCACCGCUUGGGGUGGCGAUAAUCUGUUGUCUCGACUUCGGAAUUAUGCUCACCUACUGCGGUCAACUCUGCAACCCACGCUGUUUCUCGUAGAUCCGUCUCGAGCUGACAUUGAGGCACAUUCAACCCAAAUCUUUGCAGAUGAUGCUGUGGAUGACAUAUUGGGCCACUCAUCGUAUGCUAACUCUCAUUCCCCUGUUCCGGCACAUCGACGACCAAGGCCAUUGUCAACAUCUAGCAAUGGUUCCAAUCCCUAUUCCCAACGAUCAUCAAUUUUACAUCGUUCACUGGGUGGCCCUCCUCUUUCCCCAGGCUCUGGCUCUUCAUCUCAGGCCCGCAUGGCGCUCCUUCAAUCAUUCUCGAACAUCACGCGGGCUACCCGUCAUGCCGCGCAAAACAUCCUUUCGCAUCCUCUCGCCAAACCCAUCGUCCCCCAUUUGCCAGAUCCGGUGCGCAGCCUCGUGAAUGCGAAUGGCGAGUGGGAAUGGGGGAGCUGGGUCGAAAAGGGUGGCGUCGGAGAGUUUGAGAGCGCCCGUGUUUAUCUUGCUCGAUGGGCGAGGAUCGUGGCCGAGGAAGGAGAGAGGGCUCGUCGGAAGGAGGCACAAGCGUUGCCGCCCCAUUCUGCUGGCCUGGCAGAAGAAGACUCUUCACUGGGUAUCUUUGAGCUCCUUCAUUCGACAUCAAACCUGCCCACACCGAAAUCGUCUCGAGACCCGUCUCAUCCCGUAGAUGAGAAAUCAUGGGCGAAAUGGUUUAGGAAUGACGGCCAACCAACAAUACGAUGGGAGGAAAUGAGACGAGAGGUCUUCCGUAGAGGUAUCAGUCCAAAGGGCUCUCUGCGGCAGAAAAUCUGGCCUUAUCUGCUCGGGGUUCUGGAAUGGGACGUCGACACCGAAGAAAGGGACAGGUUGUGGCAAACGAAGCAUGAACUGUAUCACGCCGCUAGAGAUGAGUGGUGUGGAGUUCCCGAAGUAUUUGAAAGCCAGACAGUCUUGGAGGAACGACACCGUAUCGACGUUGAUUGUCGAAGAACAGACCGGAAUCAACCAAUGUUCUCUGCACCUGCCGAAAUACAUACGACUGACCUGGACGAUGAAAAGGGGCAUCAGCGACAUUAUUCGAUCAUCUCUCCCAACAUGACCGACAUCGGCGCCCAGUCACCCAGCAAUGAGCAUGUAGACCGUAUGGCCGCUGUUCUUCUAACGUAUAACUUCUACGAGAAGGAGCUGGGCUACGUGCAGGGUAUGUCGGAUCUCUGUGCUCCCGUCUACGUUGUGAUGGGUGGAGAUGAGGAAAUGACAUUCUGGUGUUUCGUGGAAGUUAUGAAUCGGAUGAAACAAAACUUUUUGCGAGACCAAAGUGGGAUGAAGAAACAGUUAUCUACGCUACAGCAGUUGAUCGAGGUUAUGGACCCGGAGUUGUUUAGGCAUCUAGAGAAGACAGAUGGCUUGAACCUGUUCUUCUGUUUCCGUUGGGUCCUCAUCUCCUUCAAACGCGAAUUUGCCUUCGAUGAUGUCCUUCGACUCUGGGAGGUUCUAUGGACGGACUACUACACAAGCGGCUUUGUUCUGUUUGUCGCCCUUGCGGUGCUUGAAUCACAUCGAGACAUGAUAUUGCGGUAUCUAGUAGAGUUCGAUGAGAUACUGAAGUAUUGCAACGAACUCAGUAUGACGAUCGAACUCGACACUACACUGGCGCAAGCCGAAGUUCUCUUCUUGUCUUUCGCCCAAAUCGUAGCCGAUAUCGACCGCCGGAAGGUUGACCAACUGUCGUCCACUACCUCGAACAAUCUGCGAAAUAGAUUGUCUACGUCAUCUGCAAAGCUGGCAGGAACCAACCUCGCAGCCCUGCAACUUUCAGACGAGUUGCGAGAUCUCCUGAAGACAGAACGAUCUUGA